AUGCCAUCGUUAUUUCUCAAAAUUCUAAUAUACAGUUUGAUUCAAAGUGCACUCGGACAGGCCAACUUUUGGGAUUACGAUGAGAAUGUGACACAAAUCGAAGAGGAUUUUAGGAUUGACGAUGUGACAAAGAUUCUGAAGAGACUUGGAAAUUACAAUAGGAAUGCAUAUCCAUUAUUGAACCAAGAUCUACCAACCCACGUGGACAUUCAGAUGUACAUUGAGGGAAUGUCAUCAUUUCAUGCUCAGUCAAUGUCGUUUUUUGAUUUUCAGGAUUUCCAAGUGGACAUUUAUUUCCAAGAGAAAUGGAUCGACCAUCGACUGGAGCACAAUAAUACGAAAAGGAUUCUGGUGAAGGAUCCGAAACUAUUCGGUCUUCUUUGGCAUCCGGAUCUGUAUUUUGCAAAUGCCAGAACUGCCAGUUUUCAUGAUGUGACACAACCAAACUUCCUAGUUUGGAUAUAUCCAAAUGGAACUGUUUGGUACGAUUGCAGAAUAUCUCUGACCGUGUUGUGUAUGCAAGAUCUUGCCAGAUACCCCUUGGAUUCUCAGAAUUGUGGACUGCGGAUAUUAAGCUAUGCUUACGACGAAGAGCAGCUAAUCAUCCGCUGGAACGGUGCGAAUCCUGUAGAAGUGAAUCGUAGAAUUCGAAUGCCAGAUAUGCAUCUGAAACACAUCAAACACUAUACAAAACGAGAUAAAUAUGCCACUGGAAUCUGGUCUUCGGCAGUUGCAGAAUUCCAUGUGGAUCGAGAAAUCACCCAUCACAUCAUUCAAUCUUAUAUUCCAACGUCUCUAAUUGUUAUUAUCAGUUGGUUCAGUUUUUGGUUAGACGUUGAAGCAGUUCCUGGAAGAGUUUCUCUCUCGAUAACAACCCUUCUAACUCUGGCAACUCAAUCGAGUGCAGCUAGAAUGGCUCUUCCCCAGGCAUCUGAUGUGAAGGCGAUUGACGUUUGGAUGGGUACUUGCAUGGCAUUCGUUUUCUCUGCGAUGAUCGAAUUCACCGUCGUCAAUUAUUGCAUCCGGCGGAAGGUUCGAACGAAGCCGAAGCCACGUGGACUUUCAGAACAAGUUCAUGACCUGGUUGCUCAAUAUAAAGAAAAGAAAGACAAGUAUUCGAACGGAAACUGCGAAAUCAGUUACGAACUGUCUCUUCAACCAUCUGAAGACAAUCCAACACUUCAACGAAACUUCGAGAAGAAAGAAGUUCGCGAAAUGAAUCAAGCGCCACUCUUCGUUCGCCGCUCUUUGCUCCCUACUUCGAAACGGAAGACGAUUGAAGAGAGAAUAAAUCGAGUUGAAGAGAACCGGAAAUACGCACAGGGAAUCGAUCGGUAUAGUCGUGCAUUGUUCCCAUUGGCAUUCAUCAUUUUUAAUAUUUUUUAUUGGCUCUAUUAUCUUAAAUACGCUGUGAGCAAUUCCCCUGAACUAUUGCUUUGA